CUGCAUAUCUUGAAAACAGGUGUGUUCUUUAAAAAAGCACAGUCUAGACAGCGUGAAGGUGUGCUGAAAUUUUAUUCGGUUCUGGUUUAAUUAUUUAUCUCAGACGCUAAAAAAUCUGGCUAAAAUGACCGAAACAAUUUCCAGCCAGGUGAGAGAGGAUCGGAUCCCUGAACAAAAAGUGUUCGAUGACCUCGUGUUUCCUCUCGUCUUGGCCAACGACACAAACGUCCUUGACCCUAUUCAAACGGCGAAGCAAGCCUGCGAUUGGUUGGCGUCUCAGAAAGCUAAUAUCGAAAGUCAGCUGCUAAAACAUGGCGCCAUUCUCUUUCGGGGAUUUCCGCUGCAGAGCGCGCAGGAUUUCGACGACUUUGUGACAGCCUACGGUCUGGAGUCUCUUUCCUAUGUGGGGGGCGCCGCUCCAAGGGUGAAGGUCACCGAAAAUGUUUUCACGGCUAACGAGGCACCUCCAGAAAAACGAAUUCCGUUUCACCACGAGAUGGCGCAGGUCCCCGUAUCUCCCAGCAUUCUCUUCUUCUACUGCGACAUCGCGCCACCUUGCGGGGGGCAGACGCCACUGGCCUUGUCAAACGUGAUCUACAGGUCAAUGCUGGAGAAACACCCUCAGUUCGUCAGAGACCUGGAGGAGAAAAAGGUCCAGUACACGCGGGUGCUGCCUGAGUUUGAUGACCCGGACACCCCCAUAGGGCGCGGGUGGCGGUCCACGUACCAGACGGACGACAGGGGCGUGGCUGAGGUCAGGUGCCGGGAACAAGGGACGUCAUUCGAGUGGUUGCCGGAUGGAUGUUUGAAAACCGUCACGGCAGUUUUACCGGCAAUCCGUGUGGAUGCACGAACCGGGAAGAAGAUGUGGUUCAACUCCAUCAUCGCCGCCUACAGGGGGUGGCAGGACAGCAGGAACUCUUCACAAAAGGCCGUCACCUUCUCUGACGGCACCUACAUGCCACCGCACGUCAUGGACGAUUUGGAUCAGAUUUUUGAAGAGGCGGCGGUCGAUGUCACCUGGCAGAAAGGGGACGUUAUUCUCGUCGACAACAGACAGGCGCUGCACGCACGUCGGGAGUUUACGCCACCUAGAAGGAUACUGGCCGCACUUGGGAAAUAA